GUCAGAGAAGCCCAACUGGGAUUACCACGCAGAGAUACAAGCUUUUAGCCACCGGCUACAUGAAAAUUUUUCUUUGGAUCUUCUGAAGACUGCCUUUGUUAACUCCUGCUACAUUGAAAGCGAAGAGGCAAGACGCCGGGAGCUUGGGCUAGACAAAGAAACAGUUGCUCUUAAUCUCCAAGACAACAGUAAACUUGCUGAAGAAGGGAUGUCUUUUUCACGUUCUUACCUGAUGCAGUGCUUUGAAGGUGCCUACCCAGAGCUACCUGCAGAGGGGAUAGGAGCACUUGUUGAUUUUCUUACCAGUCAGGAACUUGUUUCUUACGUGGCUCAAAACCUGUCUAUACAGGACCUGACGCUUUGCAAAGAGUUCCCUGCCCCUGCAGAUGUGCUGCAGAGGACGUUCUUUGCUGUAAUAGGAGCUUUGCUCGGCAGCAGCGGGCCUGAGAAGACGGGGAUCUUUGUCAGGGAUUUUUUUAUCCCCCAGCUGAUUGGAAAAGACCUGUUUGAGAUCUGGAAAGUUGUAAAUCCUAUGGGCUUACUAGUGGAAGAAUUGACCAAGAGGAAUAUCUCUUCUCCAGAACCAAGAAUUACCAGGCAGCUGGGAGUCAGCACGGUUCUGCCGCUGUACUUUGUUGGGUUGUACUGCGAUAAGAAGAUUAUAGCUGAAGGUCCUGGUGAAACACUGCUUGCAGCAGAGGAAGAAGCUGCCCGCGUGGCACUGCGGAAGCUCUAUGGGUAUACAGAGAACAGGAGACCUUGGGAUUACUCAAAACCCAAACAAGGACUGGCAGCUGAAAAGGCUAUCAGCAGUAGCUAG